AUGAUCCGUGCUGACCACAUGUCUUGCCGUGAUUUCAUCCUGCAGCUAAACAGACAGGCAUCACGUUGCAACUACGGCGAUCAUUUGAAAGAACAGAUGUGUGACCGUUUGGUAGCGGGUAUCAACAAUCUCACUCUGCAACGCAAGUUACUGGAGGAGAAGGAUUUAACUUUUGCCGAAGCCCGGAAAAUUCGUGAACAGCAUGAUGACUUGAUGAAGGCUUUUUCCAGCGAAGCAGUCACAUUAUUCCAACGGCAGAAGACUCCCCUGAAUCGACUUCCAACUACCAAAGGUGCACCAAAGCCGCAGAAGGAUUCCCCAAGUAAUGAAAACGAAUCAAUCCAUGUUUGUCUUGUGGAGCUCACCACCUACGCUGUAAUUGCCGCUUUCCUAACGCCAAGUGUCAUGCUUGCGGAAAAACUGGCCACAUUCGGAGAGUAUGUAAACAAACUCGUUGCAAUUUUACAAAGCCAAAUGCUUCAAACGACACACCUUGUGCUCUCUCUACGUUCUGAAGGCCUAGCCACCUAA